AUGCGCAAUACCAGUAUCCUGGCCGGUUCAUCUCAUCCCGAGCUUGCUACUCUUGUUUGCAAAAAACUUGGGACACCACUGGCUGCUACAACCUCAAAGAAGUUUAGCAACAAGGAAACAAGUGUUGAGAUUGGCGUUUCUAUCCGUAACGAAGAUGUGUUUAUUAUUCAGUCUGGCUCCAACCAGAUGAACGACAAUAUUAUCGAAUUGUGUAUUAUGAUCCAGGCUGCUCGCAUGGGUUCUGCCAAGAGAAUUACUGCCGUUCUUCCUUAUUUCCCUUACUGCAAACAAAGCAAGCGUAAGGGAAGAACAUGUAUCACAGCAAAGCUCGUUGCUAAUAUGUUGGCUGUCGCUGGUGUGGACCAUAUCAUUACUAUGGAUUUGCAUGCCUCUCAGAUGCAGGGCUUUUUCCAAAGGCCAGUAGACAAUCUGUAUGCUGAACCUGUAAUUGCUAAGUGGAUUACACAAAAUGUCCCUACCUGGCAAAACGGUGUGGUUGUGAGUAAAAAUGCCGGUGGCGCAAAGAGAGUUACUUCUUUGGCCGAUGCUCUUCGUCUCGACUUUGCUCUUAUCCACAAGGAUCGUUCCAGAUCUGGACCCCAGGGUACCAACCGUCCCUAUAGUGGAAUGCCAAAGGCUAUUCAGGCGGAAGAAGAUGUGCUUGAAGCAGCAGAAUUGGAUGUCCACUCCAAUGAAUUGAUUGCCUCUAUUUCAUCUCUUACAGACGCAGGUGUCAAUGGAGAUGUCAAGAACGCUGCUGUAUCCAUUGUUGCUGAUACUGCCGGUGAGCAGAGCACUAUCACACUUGUUGGUGAUGUCAAGGGCAAAACAGUUUUCUUGACUGAUGACAUUAUCGAUGGCUGCCAGUCAUUCCUUGACGCUGCAGAGCAUUUGAUGAAGAAGUGUGGUGCAGCCAAGGUGUAUAUUAUUGCUACUCACGGUGUUCUUAGCGGAGACUCUGUACAGAAGAUCCAGGCCUGUGACAGCGUGUAUAAGCUUGUCGUCACCAACAGUUUCCCUAUUCCAAAGGAGAAGGUUGAACAGUGCAGCAAGCUCACGACUAUUGAUAUUUCUACUACACUCUCCGAGGCAAUAAGAAGAACUCAUAACGGAGAAAGUGUUAGUUACUUGUUUAACAAUGCUGAAUAA